AUGCCUAAGCUAUUCCAAAUUCUAAUCUAUCAGGGCUUAGUUGAGCUUGUCAAGUGUCUUGAAGAUGAUGGCGGAAGUAUAAAUUUUGAGUUUUUUGUAAAGGCCUAUAAGGAGAAAGCAUCACCGAGGGAAUGUUGCCAUUGCUGCAAUCUUGGAAUUACAAUAUCCAAACUAAAUCUUCCUUGCGGCAUACAAGUGAAAUCAAUUGAUCAAAGAUGCCAAUCCAAAUUAACAUUUUGUUGCGGUACUCAUCAUCAGCCGACAACUAAAAAGUACAAGUUGGUCCAACAAGUCACCAAACCUUUUGCAGAAAAUUUUUGCGGAGCUUAUCCAGAGAAACUUUGUUCUCACAUAUGCGAAAAUGUUCCGGGAAGUUUCAAGUGCAGGUGCAGAGAGGGAUUCGAACUACUUAGUGACAACAAAAAUUGCAAACAAAUAGAAAAUUUUUGUGGAGCUUAUCCAGAGAAACUUUGUUCUCACAUAUGCGAAAAUGUUCCGGGAAGUUUUAAAUGCAGGUGCAGAGAGGGAUUCGAACUACUUAGUGACAACAAAAAUUGCAAACAAAUAGGUAUUUGA